AGUUCCGGUUGCGUGGCGGAGGCGGUCUGUGUGACGCAGCAGCUGCUGGAGGCUCCGGGGUUGUCGGGCUGUUUUUAUUGUUCCUUUAACGCAUCGAAGAGAGAGAAAAACACAGACGAAGAGAGAGGAGAGAGAAGAGAGAGGAGAAAAGAGAAAGCAGAGAAACAGGCAGGGUUUUCCGAAGAAAGCUCUGCGUGUUCCCCGGAGCUGCGGCUGCUGAUUAGUAGUUAUAAAGCCGUGUACAGAGCCGCCGCUGCUGCCGCCGCUGCGCUUUAACGGAGGGCGAUGGCGUACGCGUACCUGUUUAAGUACAUCAUCAUCGGGGACACGGGUGUGGGGAAAUCAUGCCUAUUAUUACAGUUCACAGACAAACGCUUCCAGCCAGUGCACGAUCUCACUAUCGGUGUAGAAUUCGGAGCGCGGAUGAUCACUAUAGAUGGCAAACAGAUAAAGCUUCAGAUCUGGGAUACGGCUGGCCAGGAGUCCUUCCGCUCCAUCACCAGGUCUUACUACAGAGGAGCUGCCGGAGCCCUCCUCGUGUAUGAUAUCACAAGAAGGGACACCUUUAACCAUUUGACAACCUGGUUAGAAGAUGCUCGUCAACAUUCCAACUCCAACAUGGUCAUCAUGCUCAUCGGAAAUAAAAGUGAUUUGGAGUCGCGGAGAGAGGUGAAGAAGGAGGAGGGCGAGGCUUUUGCCAGGGAACAUGGCCUUAUCUUCAUGGAGACUUCAGCUAAGACGGCGUCGAACGUAGAAGAGGCAUUUAUCAACACAGCCAAGGAAAUUUAUGAAAAGAUCCAGGAGGGCGUCUUCGAUAUCAACAACGAGGCGAAUGGGAUCAAAAUCGGACCCCAGCAUGCUGCCACUAACUCGACGCUGACCGGCGGACAGGGAGGACAGCAGGCUGGAGGAGGCUGUUGCUGAGCUUUUGUCCUUUUAUCCUCCUCCUCCUCCCUCUUCCUCCACCACCCUCCCCGACUCCUUAUGUUUCUACUGGACUGGUCGCGCUCACUAACAUUUUCUUAACCCUCCCACAGCCCAGCCCUCCAAUUCAAAUCGUGUACUAGAUGGCUGUCCAAAAAAAGAAAAAAAAACACAAAAACAAAAAAAUAAUGACAAAAAAAAAAUGCUAAAGACCAGGUCCUUAAGUCCUGAGAAACUCCUGAAGCCUGCCGGGGGCUCCAGCAGACGUGAUUAUGGUUACUAGUUAGGCAGAAACCACCAGAGCUUUGGAACCCGUAUUCGUAAAUAUAUCCAUGUUUGUAUUUUGAUUAUUUUUGGUUUUGUUUUGUUUUUGUUUUUUUUUUCUCAGACAGUUGUGGAUUUUUGUGCCCUUUUGACUUCAAAGCUGAACUGUAUUAAACACUACAAAGUCAUCUCUAGUAUUUUAAUCGGUUAACGUGAGCGAGUUCUGUGCAAGACCGCGGUGAACUCCGAAGUCAAAAAUAAAGGCUGUGAUGAAAGGAGCGGCCGUUAUCAAAGUAAAGAAGAAGAAGAAGAAGAAGAAAAAAGCAGGACUGUUUUAAAUCUGUAUUUAUCAUUCACAUUCUGUAUAUAUAGUUAUCAUUUCUUGCUUUGAUGUAUGUUGAGCGAGCUAGAACCCUGUAUUGAAUUUGCUUAAAUUCUAUACUGUACGAAUAGAGCUUGAAAAUGCAACAGUAUUGCUACGUUUCCCAAAAAAACCCUGCUUCGACACCGUUUUAAGGAUUUUUACUUUGUUUCGUUUUAGUUUGGUCCUGCCAUCUGCCUUUGCCCUUCAUCUGUGUGCCCCCCUCACCCCUUCGUCCGUUCAGCUCUCGUGUAUAGAAACUUUGGCUCAAUAUUCUCUGUUUUAAUAAUGCCAAAUUUGUGUUUACCUGUGUUGUCACGACUUGAGGAAAAACAGAUCACCUGUCCUCCACCAAACUACGUCUGCUGCGUUUGCCUUAAAGAGUUUGGAACGGCAAAAGGGGUAACCGUCACAUUUACGUGGGAUUCGGUUAAAGGUUAAAAGAAAAAACAUGCAAUUUGUGUCAUUGAGACGUGCAUACAUAUUAAAAAAGGACCUUAGGUUCACUUACAGUAGCUAUAUAGCCCUCAAACGCAUACGCACACACACACACUCACACGUACAUAGCUAAACCUAUAUAUUCAUUGAAGCCGGAAUAUAUGUACGCAUAAACAUCUGUUUUUGUUUUCUCUUCAGAAUGAUGAUGAUUUUUUUCCUCCGACGCAGUCUGCUAUGUACUGUCAGUGCAGAUCCACAUUCAUUUUAGGUGUCUGAGUGGUUGUGUAAAGGCUUGCUUUCUCUGGCAGUGUGUUCUGUUAUGAUAGAUAUACGGUGAACAUCUUGUCCGUUGUGAAAGGGGUGUGGUAAAAGCCAAACUGAAGUAACUUUGUGACCCUCAACUUUAUUUGCUGUGUUCUCAAAAUGAAAUGCUAUCACAAUAAAAAAAAUAUAAUAAACUCAUCA